AUGACAUUUGGCGCGUUAAAUGCCGCUUUUGAUCAGCCCUUUGUCGGCCUAAGACUAUUACAGCAACGGGAUUACGCGUCGCGCGCGCAACCGACCGCUGUGACGCGAUUAUACCCAUCAAAAGGGGGUCCUAACCCACACAACCCACACUCCCUCACAACCCCUCGCCCGCAUACCGCAUCCCCCGGCGAGGUUUUCCCCUAUUUGGCAACUUUUCCGACCUAA